AUGACUGCAAGACAAUCUGAGGAUUUAAAUACCAUGCCUAAUUUUGUCCCAACACGUAUUCAAUGCUACCUAUGUGAUUUACCACGUUAUCCAUGGGCAAUGCUAUCAGAAUUCAGUGAACCAGUUUGUCGUGGUUGUGUCAAUUAUGAAGGAGCUGACAGGAUAGAAUGUGUUCUUAGUCGGGCUAGAUUAAUGAAAAUGCAUUAUUUACCACGUGUUUAUCAUCAGAGAACUGUCAAUGAUAAGCAAGAAGAAUACUCCUCUAAUACUGCAUCUUUAUCAACAUCAUCAACACAUGAUGAACGUAAUAUUUCAUUCAGUGAUUUAAAUAUGGAGCCAAGAAAAUCACCAUUAGAUAUAAACAAAUCACUGACGUUUAAAACACAAAUAAAUAAAAAUUCUGAAGUAAAUCGUUUCAUUGAUUCACAUCUUUUAAAUAAUCAAAUUAACGAUGAUAUUUAUAAAAGUAUAAGUAUGUUUACAGGAGGUAAUAUACAACCAACUUCAGGGAAUAUAUCUUCAACUGCAGUAACAUCGUCAUCCUCAUCAUCGACUAUUACAAGUAAUGCUGGGAAUUCUCCACAACAACGUGAUUAUGAUAACCGUUUAAAAGAUGUUUGUAUGAAUUUUUUAAAGUAUGUCUCACUACCAUCCUUAGCGUCGAAUGCUUCUUUAUUAGCAAAUUUAAAUUCUAAAACAGUAUUCUCUUCUGAAGAUCAAUUAGAACAUUCAAACACAACAGACGACUGUUCAACAGUUCAAUUUAAAGGUAAUCAUCAAAAUAAAGGAGUUAUUGUAUCACCACAAAGUGAUAAUAUAGUCAACAAUAUAAUAAGUUCUUCAAUACCUAAUGUUGUCAUGAAUCCGAAUGAAAUGAAUUCGCUGAAUACGCCUAAAAUGAAUGCCUUUCUAAAUGAUGACACGAUAGAAACUUCUGUUACAGAACCAAAAAAUGGUUUGAUACCAGAGUCAGCAUUACAGUCUUUAUGGAAUUCUCGUCUACUAACAACUUAUAUACAAAUCAUUGGAAGUAUUUUAGGCUCAAAUCCAACGAUCACCGACGAAGAAAAUCAUCAAAUAUUGAAUAGUACUGUAAACAGAGUGAAUCCUCAGAAUAAAGCGAAUCCAGGAAAUAUUCUAAAUUCUACAGGAAAUCUAUUAAAUCCACUGAUACAUCCAUAUCUAUUUAAUGAAAACUGUCAUACUGGAAAGUUGUCUAAACUGAACAUGAAUUCAAAUCAUUCCAAUUUAUUAUUAGCACAACAGUUAAAACUGCCUAUUCUUAUAAGAUUACGUCAUCAAUCAAAUAUUCAAGCCCAUUUCUUAGGAUUAAAUCAUACUUCCCUUAUUAUUGAGGAUGAUAAUCAUUCAGAACAGAAUAGUAGUAAUCUAGUGAAUAUAAUGUUUUUUGAAUAUCCUAUUGGUUCAUCAAAUACAUGUAAAGGCUUUCAUCAGCUGGUUAAACUAAUCAGCGCAAGAGUUAGUCAUCAGAAGAAACACCUAAAUAAUGAUGUUAACAAUAACAAUGGUGAUGACACUACUGAUAAUGAUGUCAACUGUUUAGGAGUUGAAGACUUUGAAUAUGAAGUGGGUAGAGAUAAUAUUAAUCAAAUUAUUUGGGCACCAUUUAUUGACUUGAUCAUGUUGAUAAUCCAGUUGAUUUAUCAACCAUUUAUUCAAAAACAGAUAUCAGCUACAACACCAUUAUUACUGCCUAGAGAUUUAUUAAAACAAAUCAAUAUGCUAAAUAGUACAACUGUUGAAACAUUGAAUUUGUCAAGAAAACGAAACUCGAAUAGUUAUAGUUCAGAUGAUCCUAAUUUCAAUCAAAUGUAUGGUAUAAAUCAAAAACAACCCCGACUUGAAAAUGCUCAAAGUUAUCUUCACAAUGAACUCAAUGGUAGUAAAAGUCAUGUCGGGAAUAAUUAUAUCAGUAAUAUGAAUAAUCCAUCAGAUAGAAUGACUGAUCCAUUGAAGAAAUGGAAACCAUUACUGCAGCCUAGAAAAUCACCUAGUAAAAGAAUACUCUGCAAUCUAUGUCCACGUCAUUUAGAAGGUAGUCAUUUUGUUCAGUGUCCUGCUAAUCCAGAGCAUAGAUUUUGUUUUCAAUGUGCUAGAAAUUAUCUUGAAAGAAUGAUGAAUGAACAUCAAACUCUGAGAAGCGGUAAUUUAAAUAGCUUGAAGCUUUUGGAAAUUUAUUGUCCUAGUGGUAAAAAGUGUGUUUUACCAGGUUCAAAAUCACCAUGGGCAUUUGUUACUUCAGAGAUAGCUGCUAUUCUAGGCAAAACUCAGGUCAAUGAUCAUACAUCUCGAGUUGAUCAAUCCUUAACAUCGGUAAAUACAAGUGUCCAAGAUACACCGGCUAGUGUUGCUACUAAUUGCACUAUAAAUAUUAACAAGUGUUCCACUAAUGUGAAUCCCAACUGUCGAUUGGAAAGUAUGUCAAAUACUAGUUCUACACAAUCCUCGACAAAUAGUCAACAGGAUGGUGGUGAUCUUUUGUCACUGCAUAGUAUAAACUCAAAAACUCCACCUGAAUCCCCAAUAAAACCAUCACCGAAUGAAGUCUCUUUAUCCCUCAGUAGUAAACCAGUCAAUAUUGGAUGUCAUCAAAUCAGUAAUAAUAAUAAUAAUCACACUGGAAUGCAUAAAACGCUUAAAGAUAGUCAUAAUGUAUGCGGAAAACUACGUAGUCAUAGACGUUUAACAUCCUCGCCUUUAUCGGUAAGCACUACUUCUUCAUCAGCCACUUCAACACCAUCAAUGUCAUCGUCAAUGACUAAAUCUAAUGAAGUGAAAACUAAAUCACCAUCUUCGUCGUCGUCAGCAUCAACAAUAAAAUUAACAGAGAAUGAUCCCACAAAAGGUAACAUUGAACUAUCACCUUCUGAGAUGAGUAAUGAGAUUUCAGAUAAUGAAUAA